GUAUUAAAAAGGUACCGCGAUGUCUAUGGCUUUUUCGGACCAUGUUGGUGCUAUGAAUUUGCUUUUUUUUACAGUUUAAAUGAAUUUUACAUUUACAUUGAGUGGGCUUUGGUAUAAUCCAGGAUGCGGCUGAGUCCGAGAGAACAAGAGAGCCUCUUGGUUCAUCAAGCGGGCACCCUCGCUCAGAGAAGACUUGCACGAGGUGUGAAGCUCAAUCACCCGGAAGCUAUAGCUCUCAUCGCAUCUCAGAUGCAGGAGUAUGUAAGAGAUGGAAAACUGGUUUCUGAAUUGAUGAACAUUGGAAGACAGUUAUUGGGUCUGCGUCAGGUAUUGCCUGGAGUUUCUGAGAUGAUCCCUGAAGUCCAGAUCGAAGCCACCUUCCCUGACGGCACCAAGCUCGUAACCAUCCACCAACCUAUCGCCAGAGAGAAUGGGGACCUGAAGCUCGCCCUCUAUGGUAGUUUUUUGCCAGUUCCCGAUCUGUCCGUCUUUGAUCAGCCUCAACUCUUACAGAAUGGUCCAGCCGAUGCACCCCUAGCCGUCCACCCAGGGGAAUACUUUGGAGCAUCGGACGAACCUAUCGCCCUCAACACCGGUAGACCAAUUAAGAAACUGAACGUCACCUCCACCUGUGAUCGCCCCAUUCAGAUUGGCAGCCAUUAUCAUUUCAUCGAAGCGAACAAGUAUUUAACCUUUGACCGUUGGGCCUCUCUUGGUAUGCGAUUGAACAUUCCGUCAGGUACAGCGGUACGCUUCAGCCCUGGAGAGACACGAGAGGUCAAUCUCGUUGAUAUUGCUGGAAAGAGAGUGAUCCGUGGUGGCAAUGGAUUGGUAGACGGACCUGUCACAGGAGCCUCGGAGAGCUCGCUGAGAGAUAAGAUCGUCCAGCAAUCCUUCGGAAACCAGUCACAAGCGGUUGCAGAGACUGUCUCAGACUUCAGAUGCUUGAUGCCACGGAUGAACUACAUUCAUACAUAUGGACCAACAGUUGGAGACAAGGUGAGGCUCGGAGAUACAUCGCUUGUGAUCGAAGUAGAACAUGAUUUGAUCUCCGUGAUUAACGGCCAGCAAAAGUACGGAGAUGAAUGCAAGUUUGGCGGUGGCAAGGUAUUGCGUGAAGGAAUGGGUCAAGCUGCUCUUCUUGCAUCCAAGGACACCUUAGAUACAGUCAUCACAAACGCCCUCAUUGUUGACGCAGUGACAGGUAUCGUCAAGGCAGACGUUGGCAUUAAGGAUGGGAUGAUAGUUGGGAUCGGGAAGGCAGGAAACCCUGAUGUUAUGGACGGAGUGACAGAAGGAAUGGCGGUUGGCGUGGAAACGGAAGCCAUUGCUGGAGAAGGAAAGAUCCUGACCGCUGGAGGGUUGGACGCUCAUAUUCAUUUUGUCUGCCCUCAACUGGCAAGAGAAGCUAUCGCUUCUGGGUUGACCACCAUGUUUGGAGGCGGGACAGGACCAGCCACGGGUACCUGUGCGACAACCUGCACCCCUGGUCCAAAUCACAUCAAAAAUAUGAUCCAGAGCACCGAUGCAUUCCCUCUCAAUUUUGGCUUCACCGGGAAAGGGAAUACCUCCAAUUCUGAUCAAGAAACUUGUAGAGAGCUUGAAGAACAGAUCGAAGCAGGAGCUAUCGGGAUGAAGUUGCAUGAGGAUUGGGGAUCGACGCCUGAAGCAAUCCGUACCUGCCUGCGUGUCGCCGAGAGGCACGACGUACAGGUCAUGAUUCACACGGACACUCUGAAUGAAUCUUGCUGUGUUGAGGAUACCAUAGCUGCAUUUCAGGGUCGGACCAUACACACCUACCAUUCGGAGGGUGCAGGAGGGGGCCACGCCCCCGAUAUCAUGAAGGUAGUGGGCGUGUCCAACGUGCUGCCGUCAUCCACCAAUCCGACCCGUCCGUUCACGGUGAACACCAUUGACGAGCAUCUCGACAUGCUGAUGGUGUGCCACCAUCUGGACAAGAACCUGAAGGAGGAUGUUGCCUUUGCUGAAUCUCGUAUCCGAGCCGAAACCAUCGCUGCUGAAGAUAUCCUCCACGAUCUGGGAGCUAUCAGUAUGGUGUCCUCCGAUUCUCAGGCAAUGGGUCGUGUUGGCGAGGUGAUCACCCGGACUUGGCAGACAGCAGACAAAAUGAAGAUAUUCAGAGGGAGACUUGGAGGUGAAACGGGUGAUAACGAUAAUUUGAGGGUCAAGCGUUACAUUGCCAAGUACACCGUGAACCCAGCCAUAGCCCAUGGUAUGGGACACCUCAUUGGUUCUGUCCAGGUUGGUAAAAUGGCAGACCUGGUGCUUUGGAACCCGGCAUUCUUUGGAGCUAAACCUGAUCUCAUCAUCAAAGGGGGUCAAAUUGCCUGGGCACAGAUGGGUAUGCCUAAUGCCUCGAUUCCUACCCCUGAACCCGUGAAAACAAGGAAGAUGUUUGGUGCCUAUGGGAAGGCCAUCGGCGAGACGUCGGUGAUCUUUGUAUCAAAGGCAGCGGGUGCGGAGAUUCAACAGAAAUACGGUCUCAGCAAGAAAGCUGUACCUGUCACGAGCUGUCGCUCAGUCAAGAAAGAGGACAUGAUAUUGAACGACUUCUUACCAGAUAUCAAAAUUGAUGCGGAGUCGUACAAGGUGACGGUUAAAGAUGAAGGGAAGGAUAAAGACGAACACUUGACCUGUCCUCCAGCCAAAAGGAUCUCUCUCGCUCAGCGUUACUUCCUCUUCUGAGUUCCAUGAGGUCCAGACGGGUUAAGAUCACCCAAUUUAUGUAUUUUUACACACAUAUAUAUAUAUAGGUAUGGUGUCGAAAAUCUGUCUAUCUGACGGUCAAUUGGAUCGGGGUCGCCCUAGCCACUAACCCGUCUCUGUGGUCUAGUGGUUAAGGCACCGGCGUUCAAAGCUGGGGGCCCGGGUUCGAUUCCCGGCGGAGACAUUUUUUCGGCAUCACCAAUUUUUCCAAAAAGGGUAGAUAGCUCUGGGGAACCUUGAUUUAAGCUACGCCUACAAUUGUUCUCUUCAUCCAUUUCUUUCACACAAUAUUUAAAUAUAAAAGAGUUGCCAAAGCUGUAGUACAUGUAUAACUUCACACAUAUAUAUAUAUAUAUAUAUAUAUAAUGAGAUGAGGCGAGGCCAACUCAACAGAUGACGCAGGACACCAUUAUUUGCUUAAGCUUUCGUCUUUUAAUUGAGACUUCGUCAGAAGCGUCUGAAAAACAUAAGGAGAUACAACAUCCAAGCGAUUGGUAGAAGUAAACUUAUCAUCACACUAUAUAUAUAUAUAUAUGUACACACAUAAUAAUGAGGCUUCAUUCAUGAUCUGAUCUCUAUUUCUUAAAAAGUUGCUAUGGUAGCAGCUCUUUUUGGAAUGUCAACUUUCAAUGGAAGAGCCAAUCAGGAAACAGAAUUUUCACUGUUGUCAUGGUAUAUGACAUUCCAGCAAGACUUGCUAUCGUAUCAACUUUUUAUGAAAUGUGUCCUUUUUAUGGAAAUGAAAUCCCUUCCAUUUCUAUUUUUUUGAUAUAAUGAAUAUUGGCUUUACUAUCUGAAAUAUAUCAUUGGCCAAAUCCACCCUAUAUCAAUAUUACUUGAAUAAAAAAAAAAAAAUCAAUCAAUUAAUCAGAAUCAUUUAUUGAAAGAUAAUUUACAAAGUUUUCUUUUUAUAUUCUUCCUGAAAACGUGUAGCAUGAUUGGUUUGCAUUAAAAAAAAUGCAUGUAUUUUAUAAGUACUAUGGUGAACUGUGGUGGCUUACCAUUCUUGAAUAUAAAUUCAUAAUUGGCCAUAAGGGUAAUCAAAUAUUACUGAAUAUCCUGCCUGAGUUUCAAAUCACAUGACCAAGGUCAAAGGUCAUUUAGGGUCAAUGAACUUUGGCCAAGUUGGGGGUAUUUGUUGAAUUACCAUAACUUUGAAAGUUUAUGGAUCUGAUUAAUAAGCAAGGUUUCCACUUUGGCGAGUUAACAUCGCGAGUUAUGGCGAGUUAUAGCGAGUUGCCAAAAUGAGGCACUCGCGAUAACUCGCAUAAAGCUCACCAUGAAACUCGGGAUAACUCGGCAUGGCUCGGCGGAGCUCGUUCAAGCUCGGGACAACUCUCCUUGAAGUCGUGAGCAGUUUCAAAAUUUUUGAACAUGUUCAAAAAUUUUGCUAACUCGCUGUAACUCGUGCUGAACUCACCUAAACUCGUUAUAUACUCUCAGUACUCGCAAUAACUCGUAAGAAGCUCGAGAUAAACUCGCAAUAACUCGUAAUAACUCGCCACAUCUGAGUAUACGCGAGUGCGUUCCGAGUUUUCAAGAGCGAGAUACGAGCAUUGCGAUCGUUUUACGAGUCAAGUGGAGGUGCCCACGAGAUUAGCGUGACUUUAGAUCGAGCACCCCGAGUUACAGCGAGUUUCGUAUGAGUUUAUUCCGAGUGCGUUGCAAGUGCUCAGAGGCAUGCCAGCUGAAUGAUAAAUGUCCAGCGAUCUAUAUUUUCCCCACAUAUAAACCCCUCAAAACAAGUUUGGAAAUCUGAGUUUGGCCAUUAAUUUCUCCCAAUUCUAAAAUUUACACAUUGCAUUGUGACAUCAUUUAAAAGGUCAUUCAAUUUUCUUUAAAAUGCUACAAUGCUUGUUAUGAUCAUGCCAUCACGAAAGAGCAGGAUUCAAAAGUGCUGGAUGAAGUCUGAAUUGAAAAGCUGCAAAACGAGCAAAAAAGUUUGGAAAUCUGAGUUUGGCCAUUAAUUUCUCCCGACUCCAAAUUUUACACAAUGCAUAUUUGAUAUCUUUCAAGAGAUCAUUUGAUUCUCUUUAAAAUGAUCACAUGCUUGUUAUGAUCAUGCCAUCAAAAAAGAGCAAAAUUGAAAAGUGUUGGAUGAAGUCUGAAGUGAAAAGCUGCAAAACGAGCAGAAAUAAUCAUGAAGGGUAUACAGAACAUGAUUGUUUUGUCUGAGUCAAUAAAGAUGAAAAUCCAUUCAAAUCAAA